AUGGCGGAGGUCCACGUGAUUCCCAGCAAGCGGCGAGCGACUCACAGUGAAGCUGUAGACACUGCCGCAGCAUCCGAUGCAAGUGGUGCCAAGAAACGCAGGGCAUUUCUCCAGACUAUGGGCCAGCAGUUGAGAGAGUUUGGGGCAGAAGGAACAAGUCCACAAGACGACAAUCGCAGCACGUUCAGGACGAGCCCAGCGAACAACGCUGGACCGCCGUCUAUCAUUGAAAACGCCACCGGAGUUCACUCAUCAGGUCGGCCUGUUGACACACCAGAGAGUGAUGCUGCGCCGGGCGAAGAUCAGCUACCCGCGGGCGCGUCCAAGAGUGCAUCCAGGUGGCUUUGGCAACAAGGCGAAGUAAUUGCUCCCACACCGGAAACUAUUGUACCGCCCAUCGUCUUUGAAGAUUUUCUCGAAUGGAGCCAAGCGUAUUUCGACCAUUGGCAUCCCGCAUUUCCCUUCUUGCACGCUCCUUCACUACUGGACUACUUUCGCCAAAUUGUACAACGAGGUCCACGUGUUGCAACGCUGUCAACAGCAAAUGAGCUGCAGCACAUCAUACUUCGCUCAGUCAUGUCGAUGUCGAUAUGUGAUCGGCGGCAAAUUGAUGCCGCGAGGAAGGCCGUACCGACCAAUCUUGUAUUUCAUUCAAUCAACGAUGCUAUCCGGAGUACACAGCUAAUUUUGACCGAAGAAACUUCGCUGAGAAAACGACUCUUUUGGUCUGUACUGUGUAUAGAUCGACAUAUUUGUAUCCGACUGGGGACUCCACUUGGUAUACGGUCCGACGAGGCCAACGUAUGCUAUCCACAUACCGAACGGCACCAUGAUCGCGAGCACAGAGAUGGUAAUGAACGAGACGAUCGGCUAGAUCUGUUGGAAUUCUUAGCUCAGCAUGCUGACAUUCGCGGAUCUAUCAUGCAAACACGACACCAAACCUUUUUACAUGGUAGUACAAACGAGACAGAAGAGGCUCUAGAAAGGGAAGCAGAGCACACCAGAUGGUGGAAUAUGGUCGACGAGUAUCUCUCCAAUGACGAGCAAGUGCAGAACAUAUCAAAAGCCCACCAGGUUACUCUGAUCGUUCUUCGCUUCGAGUCUAUUCUAGCACUACACCGCUCCGUAUUAGCAGUCUCUAAAAAGGAUGCAGCUUAUAACGUAGCAUUACAAAGAUGCAUAUCCGCUUCGCGCUCCAUCAUCAACACUCUGCACAAGGCUCUCCGGGGAUUCGGUGCAUUCGAUGGCUCCCCUGGCCAACACGGCUACGAACGAACCCCGUUGCUUUGGCCUUCUUUCACAUGGGCUGUAUGGAUGAGCACGUUUGUAAUUCUUUCUGCUGCCUCGGAAGGUCAGGUCACUCGAGACAUUGCAAUACGACUUUCUGAUCGAAGCAUACAAAUUCUCAAGCACCUGGCAUUGAGGGGCACAAAAUGGCCAGAUGCUUGUAUAGUUGCAAUUCAAAAUAUCACAGCACGACUAAGCAAGCCGUCAACUCGGAGCUCUACUGUUGUGCCUGGAGCUGCCCCGGUAAAUGACAGCCGACUAGUUGGCGAAACUUCCUCAUUACUUGCUGCCAACAACCCGGCAUAUGACUACCUUGCCGACCCCGGUAACUUCCUUGGGAUAGCACAUCAGGACUCAGAUAACCCAUUGCCAAACGAACAAAUCAUGCAUCUGUUCAAUGGAGAAGACAUGAAUUAUUGGUGGGACAGAGAUUUCGGUCAUUCAGGAAAUAUGACAUAUCACAAUGGCAGUUUUCGGUGA